AUGAAACAAACAAUUGACAGUCUUCCAAUAACGACAACAACAUCUGAUAUUUCUAAAUGUAAUGGUCAUCAAGAUGAUCUCAUAGAAACUCGUAGAGAUUCUGAUAAUGAUGAUUUAGUAACAAGUAUAAAUAAUAAUGAAUUAGUAUCAUCAUCAACAAUAAAUACAAAUGAACUUAUUAUUUUACCUGAUUCAUCAUUUAAUAUUCGUAUUCAAGCAUCUGGUUUAGAUACAUUUGAAUUACCUGUAACAUCUAGUGAACUUGUUCAAGAAAUUCAUCAAGUAUUAAUGGAUAAAGAAGAAACUUGUCAUCGUACAUGUUUUUCAUUACAACUUGAUGGAAAUGUUUUAGAUAAUUUUACUGAAUUGAAAAAUAUCGAAAAUUUAAAAGAAGGAAGUUUAUUGAAAGUUAUUGAUGAACAAUAUACGGUUCGUGAAGUUCGUAUACACGUUAGACAUAUAAAUGAAUUAAUACAUUCAUGUGACCCGAUUGAUUCAUAUAAUGGUACUAAUGGAUAUUCAUUAUGUAUUGUUAAUGAUAUAACUAAUGGAGAUAUUUCAUCGAAUAGUGAUCGAAAGAAAGGUACAGAAACAAAUGGACUUGAAUUUAAUGUCCCUGAAUAUCUUUUACCAAAUCAAAAAGAUAUUCUUCUUACACCUCUAUUUGCUACAAAUAGUAAAACUCGACCAUUACAAUGUUUAAAAGUGUUAUCAUACAGUGGGUGGAAUCCACCAAAUGGUUCAAGAAAAUUACAUGGUGAUCUUAUGUAUUUACAAGUAACAACAUAUGAAGAAAAGUCAUUUCAUAUAACAGCUUGUACAAAAGGUUUUUAUGUUAGUCAAACAACGGAUGAAAAAUUUAUUCCUAAACCGGUGCAACCUAAAGCUAUUUAUCAUUCACUUGUCGAUCUAUUAAAUAAUAUUAGUCCAUUAUUUAAAAAGACGUUUGCUGCUAUUCAACGUAAACGUUGUACAAAACAUCCAUUUGAACGUAUACAAAUUCCAAGUCAAAUUCAUCCAUGGUUAUCACCACGUUUUGAUCAUACAGUUGAUUUUUUUCGAGCAGAAGAUGCAAAUAUCAAUAAACUGGGACAUGAAGAUCACAUACCAGGUCAAGUACGUGAUUGGAAUGAAGAAUUACAAAUAACGAAAGAAUUACCAAAAAAAUCUUUACCUGAAAGACUUAUUCGUGAACGUGCGAUGUUCAAAGUACAUAGUGAUUUUGUUUCAGCUGCUAUUCGUGGUUGUCAAGCAGUUGUAGAUGGAAAUAUAAUGGCAAUUAAUCCUGGUGAAGAAUCAAAAGUUCAUAUGUAUAUUUGGAACAAUAUGUUCUUCAGUCUUGGUUUUGAUGUUAAAGAACAUUAUAAAGAUUUUGGUGGUGAUGCUGCUGCACAUGCUGCACCAACAAAUGAUUUACAAGGUGUUCGUGCUAUUAAUACCAUUGACUUAGAUGGAUUACAUACAUUAGGUACUGUUGUUGUCGAUUAUCGUGGUAUGCGUGUUACAGCUCAAACUAUUGUACCUGGUAUUUUGGAAAAAGAACAAGAACAAAGUGUUGUAUAUGGUUCGACUGAUUUUGGUAAAACUUGCACAACAAAUGAAAAAUAUAAAGAAUUAUUAGAAAAAGUUUCAGCUAUGCUUAAAAUUAAACCACAUUCAAUAAAAACAGAAAAAGGUGAUAUUAUAGAAUUAUUAACAGCUGUUGAAUGUAAAGGAAUUAUUGGUAAUGAUGGACGACAUUAUUUAUUAGAUUUAUUACGGAUGAUGCCACCCGACUUGAAUUAUCUACCAGUUGAUGUUGAACACAUAUCGUCAGCUAUGAAACAACUUGAGUAUCCACAAACAUAUAAACAUCGAUUGUGUUGUUUAAGACAAGAAUUAAUUGAUGCUUUCAUUGAACAAAAAUAUGUUGAUUUCUAUCGUUCAAUUGCACUUAAUUUAUCCAAAUUACGAACUAACGAAUCAACAACAAAUGAUUCUACUGAACAAACAAAUGUUGAAGAAGUUAAACGUAUUGUCAAUGAAAUCAGUGUUGAAGAUAAUAGUCGUGAAAUAAUUCAAUCUGCAUGUCGUUCAAUUGGAUCAGUGAAAGAUAAUGAAUUUGAUGUUCGAUUUAAUCCCGAUCUAUUUCAACCUCAUGUCACACUGAAUCAAACAGCUGUUGAAACAGCAGCUGAUACGAAAUUAUUAAAAGAAGCAGCCGAAUAUUUAAUACUAAAACAAAUUCCAUUAAUGAUACAAGAUUUUCAAGAUCAUACAGCCGUACCUGUUGAUGGUGAAAGUCUUUCAGAAGCUAUGCAUUCUAGAGGAAUUAAUAUUCGUUAUCUUGGUCGAGUAGCUCAUCUUCUUAAUCAACAACCAUCUCUUAUUUAUCUUUAUGAAAUUGCUGUAACAGAAAUUCUUUGUCGAAGUGCCAAACAUCUUUUUCGUAGUUAUAUACAAUCUGUACCAAUUCAUUUAUUAUCAUUUUCAAUAAGUCAUUUUCUAAAUUGUUUUCUAACAAUUAUAUCUUCACCGACAUCUGAACAUUUAUCAGAUGAAUUAUCAACAGUAACACAUAAUGGUACAACAAAUACAAAUUUACCUUUGACGAAUUCAACCAAUACUUCAUCUCAAAAAACGAAUAAUAAGAAAAAAAAUAAAAAACAACAACAACAGCAACAACGUAAACAGAAUCCAUUACUACGAAAUGAAUCCUUAGAUUUUCUAUCGCUAACAUCAAAAACAUGUUGGUUACAAUUAACAAAUGAAGCGAAAAUAAAAUAUAAUUUUGAUUUAAACUGUGAUGAUAUUGAAAAUUUUAUUGAAAAAUAUAAUGUUCGUCGUACAUGUAUUUUACGUUCAUUUUGUGUAAAAACUGGUAUACAAUUAUCUAUGCGAGAAUAUCAGUUUGAUUUAACAAAUAAAUCAACACGUACAACGAAUAAUGAAUGUUUUAAUGAAGAAGAUAUUAUCAAUAUAUAUCCUUUGAUUAAACAAAAUUCACCAAAACCAAGUGAUGCAUAUCAAUUUUUUACAACUGGUCAACAAAAAAUUCAACAAGGUUUACUUCGAGAAGGUUUCGAAUUAAUAUCCGAAGCACAUAAUUUAUUAAAUAAUGUCUAUGGACCAAUGCAUCCAGAAAUUAGUAUGUGUUUAAGAUUAUUAGCAAGAUUAAAUUAUAUUAUGGGUGAUUAUCAAGAAGCACUUUAUACACAACAUAAAGCUGUUAUGAUGUCUGAACGUGUAUUAGGUAUUGAUAAUCCUCAAACAGCAACUGAAUAUAUUCAUAUGGCACUUUAUUCAUUUGCAAAUGGUCAUUCAAUAAAUGCUUCGAAAUUACUUUGUCGUGCACGAUAUAUUAUAUUAACAUGUUGCGGAGAAAAUCAUCCACAAAUCAGUUUAAUUGAUAGUAAUCUUGGAUUGAUAUUACAAUCAUACGGAGAUUAUGAAAAUGCAUUGAAAUUUAUGGAAAAAUCUUUAGAAUUGAAUAAAAAAUUCUAUGGAUUAAAGAGUCUUAAAGUAGCUCUUUCUCAUCAUCUUUGUGCACGUAUUCAAUCGUGUCGUGGAGAUUUUCGAUCAGCAUUAACGAGUGAACGUGAAGCUUAUCAAAUAUAUAAAUUACAACUUGGUGAUGAACAUGAACGAACACGUGAAAGUGCGCAAGUACUUAAACAUUUAACUGAACAAGCUGUUGUUUUACAGAAACGUAUGAAUGAUGUUGUUAAAGGACAAUUACUUAUGAUUCCAAGCAUAACUAUACAACAACCAAGUUUUCAGAAUGUUUUGGAAAUGCUCAAUGUUGUUAAUGGAAUUUUAUUUAUACAAAUACGAGAAAAAGAUCUUGAUUUAAUUCGUGACGAAUUAAAUAAACAAACGAUUAAUGAUCAACAAACAACAGCAACACCUUCAAUUCAAACACUAUCAACUGCUGCGGAACAAGCAGCAGCAUUAAUGAAUAAUGAAGUUGAUUGA